AUGGGCAACAACGACUACGAACAUGAUCGGCUAGUAGAGCAUCUUCACGACUAUACAAGGAAGGCAAAGAGUUUUAAAACUAUCAAGAGACGUCUGUCUCCGAAAACUCUAGAGCUAAUACGCCAGCGUGGAGCUGCACGAGCCGCAUGCAACCAAGAACUAACGGGAUGGAGAAGUUCACUCACGAAUUCUACUCGUCGUCGUUCCGUCGACAGCCAGUUACUUGCUCACGAUCUGAGAGAAGAUGCCAUUCCAGAGGUCUUCCCUUCCGAACUCCGAAAUGACACCAUGUCGUUGAAGGAUCGUACUUCAUCCGGUCUCGACAGCAUCAAGUCUAAACAUCCGAAGAAGCUACCGCCGGUCCUCAUGAACACCCUGGGGAAGCUAUUCACUCGUCAUCUUUUGGAAUGCAAGGUCUUUAAGCAGUGA